AUGCUGAUCGAUAUAUGUAUAUAUACAAAGUUUAAUUGCGGAAGUACGAAACAUAGGAGAGUUUAUGAGCUGAUCAAGAGACUUGACUUUAGUCGAAUAUAUUUCCAAACUGAACUGAUUGAUGCCAGUCAUCAAAAUUUGUUUCUUUCUCAUUCUUUUCAUCUGCAAGUGCCAAAUAUCGCAUUACAACAAAAGAAUAAUCUGCUUAACAUUUCUUCUUUAAUCAUGAAUUCGUCGCAACAAUCUGUAAAUAUGCUUCAAAUUCUUGGCUUAGGUACCUGUCAAGAUAUAGAAGAUUUCCUCAAAGAAUUGAAUACUGGCGAGUAUGAAUUACGCAAUAUGACGCGUGAUGAAUAUAUCGAUUCAUUACGUUCGCCGCAUUGUCAACCGAAACCGUAUCCAAUUCCAUAUGGUAUGAAAAGAUGGAUUAUAGCAUUUGUCUUAAUCGCAUUUCUUGUUUCUGGUCUUAUUGGGAAUCUCCUCUCAGCAACCAUCAUGUUUCGUCGUUCACGUCGUGGACUUUCUGCUUAUUUUUAUCUGGGCUUAUUAGCUAUUAUUGACAUUUGUGUGCUUUAUAGUAGUUGUCUCCUCUAUCUACUGGAAAUCACAUUCGAUUAUCACCCUCAGACACAUUCGGGAUUCCAUUGUCGUUUGAGCUUCUAUAUCCAACAUUUAUUCACUUAUAUAUCUGCAUGGCUGAUCGUUGCCGUCACAUUCGAACGCUUUAUUGUCGUUCGAUAUCCAUUUCAAUCGAUUCGCAUAUGUCGACUGAGCGUUGCAUACACGAUCGCAAGCAUCAUAUUCGGUUUCUUUUCAAUCUACACCGCGCAUUGCUUCUUUACAAUGAAUCUCAUCAAAUUGAAUCUGCAAACCGAUGCAGGCUAUCAUCCACAGCACGCCAUUUGUGAUGUGGAAAUCUAUCGACAGUUAUUGUCUGUGGUUGAUCUAUGUUUCUAUAGUGUCAUACCAUCAGUAUUGAUUCUUAUAUUCAAUGUUUUGAUCAUAAUUACAAUGUUCUAUACAAUCAAGAAACAACGUGAUUAUCUACAAGCAAAUAGUUAUGCGCCUGGAAAUGUAUCGAACCGAAAUAAAAACAAAAGUCAGUCUACAGCGCGUACACAAUUCAUUCGCAGUCGAUCAGCAGAAUCAAGUCCAGCUAUGCGUUCUUAUAGUCAAAUAAAUAAACAACGCAUCGAACAAGGUCCUGGAAAUAACAAAUUCCUCGAUCAGAGCAUCAAACCUAAGACAUCAUUCGAUCCAACAAGUGCAACAGGAAUACGUUUAACAUGUUUAUUACUAAUUAUCUCGUUCAUAUUUGUUCUUUGUACACUGCCAAUUUCGAUACGUUCAUUAGUUUCUGAGUAUUUACCUUCACAAAAGUCGACAAUGCGUUGGCAAAUGACUCAAGUAUGCUUAACAUUAUUAAUGUUUUUGAAUCAUACGAUCAACUUUGUACUCUACUGUUUAACAGGUCGUACUUUUCGUACCGAAUGUCAUAAACUCAUCUGCAGUAUGUGGAUGUUCAACAAUUUUCCUUUAUCAUGCACAGUCGAACGAGAUUCGGAUAAAAACCAGACUUAUCCUCACCAUCAACUUCUUCUGAUUGAAAGGAAUCGACUCGCGACUCCUAAUCAAUACCAACAACAUCAACGACUCAGUCCAAGCAUGAAAGGAUGCUAUGUAUGA